CCACACCGUAUACUGGACAAAAACAAACCUCAUAAUUUCACUCCAAAAAAUCGCUACCAUCAAUUCAGGUAUGCUUUAAUUUCUUUUUUGCGAGCGAGAAUUGUUGAACUGUUUGAAUACUGAAUCAAAGCUACUAGGUGCAGUUCUCUUUUUGUUUAUCUUGUAUGCAACUACGGUGGAAAAAUCUUCCAUGAGAGUCUAUAGCAUGUUUUCUUUUUCUUUAACUGGAUUUUGCAUUCUGGGUUUUCUUUAUUGCUGCUGAACUAUCUGGAAAAAUGCAAGUUUUUAGUAUGUGGCCGUCGAAAGGCGGCUUAUGCACAGUGCCCCAGAUGGACUUUGAACUGGGUUCUAGUUGUUUUCCAAGCACAAGAAGAAGACGGAGAAAAAGAUGGGGUCUUGUUGAUACUGUUUUUCAAAGUACAACUUCUGGUAUUUUAAUGGUUCAUAGCAAUUCCAGGUAUUCUAGAAAUGGAACUGGUGUGAGCUCAAAAUUUGAUGUGAAAAGUGGGUUUUUCUCCAAGUAUACUGACCUAAAAUUUGUUCUCUUUAGUGAGCCAAAUAAAGGUCAUUUUGGGUCAUCUGUUACUGUGGCUUGGGCAUUGGAGCAACGACAAAUCGGGAGUGAGUGUCGUGGAGGAAAUCCGAGUUUAGAUGAUGGGUUUUCAGGGAAGAAUGAGAGUAAUGAUGCUGAUUCUCAUAAUUUAGAUAGAGUAGAAGACAGUGAUAACAAUAGUAACCUAGGAGAAAUUAGAGUUUUAGAUUAUGGAAAUGGGGAAGAAGUUGAGGAAGAGAAGAAUAGAAGGAUUGAUGUUCAAGCACUAGCUUGGAGCUUGCACUCUGCUAAGACGGCAGAUGAUGUUGAAGAGGUUCUCAAGGACAAGGGUGAAUUGCCUCUUCGAGUUUACUCAUCCAUGAUUAAGGGUUUUGGCUGGGACAAGAAAAUGAACUCUGCAUUUGCUCUUGUCCAGUGGCUCAAGAGAAAGAAGGAAAUGGGCAGUAAGAUUGGUCCAAACCUUUUCAUAUAUAACAGUUUAUUGAGUGCCGUGAAACAGACUGAACAAUAUGAAGAAACAGAGAAAAUCUUGAAUGACAUGAAUCAGGAUGGAAUUUUUCCUAAUGUGGUAACUUAUAACACUUUGAUGGCUAUUUAUGUUGGGCAAGGAGAAGCUAUUAAGGCCCUUGAUAUUCUUGAGGAGAUGCAUAAGAAGGGUUUUACUCCAUCUGCUGCAUCCUAUUCCACUGCUUUGCUGGCUUAUCGCAGCAUGGAAGAUGGUUUUGGUGCUCUGACAUUUUUUAUGGAUAUAAAAGAAAAGCAUCUGAAAGGUGAGAUGGGAAAAGAUUCUGAUGAAGAUUGGGAAAGGGAGUUUGUGAAGCUUGGAAACUUUAUAAUUCGUAUCUGCUACCAAGUAAUGCGGAGGUGGCUUGUGAGGCAUGAUAACUUAUGUACUGAUGUCUUAAAACUUCUAACAGAUAUGGACAAGGCUGGGCUCCACCCUGGUCGGGCUGAGUAUGAGCGUCUCGUGUGGGCUUGUACCCGUGAAGAUCAUUACGUUGUUGCUAAAGAAUUAUACAGUAGGAUCAGAGAAAGGUAUCCUGAAAUAAGCCUAUCAGUCUGCAACCAUCUGAUUUGGUUGAUGGGAAAGGCUAAGAAGUGGUGGGCAGCCUUGGAGAUUUAUGAGGAUUUGUUGGACAAGGGCCCAAAACCAAAUAACAUGUCAUAUGAAUUAAUUGUCUCUCAUUUUAACGUCUUGCUUAAUGCAGCUAGGAAACGAGGAAUUUGGAGAUGGGGUGUUAGGCUGUUAAACAAGAUGGAAGACAAGGGCCUUAAGCCAGGAAGUAGAGAAUGGAAUGCAGUUCUCGUUGCCUGUUCCAAGGCUUCAGAAACUACUGCUGCCGUGCAGAUAUUUAGGAGAAUGAUUGAACAAGGUGAAAAGCCUACAAUUGUUUCCUAUGGUGCAUUACUUAGUGCCCUUGAAAAAGGUAAACUCUACGACGAGGCUGUCCGUGUGUGGGAGCAUAUGCUUAAGGUGGGUGUGAAGCCCAACUUGUAUGCCUACACUAUUAUGGCUUCAGUUUUUGCUGGACAAGGAAAGUUUAGAUAUGUUGAUGCCAUCAUUCAUGAGAUGGUCUCAUCUGGCAUUGAGCCAACAAUUGUUACGUACAAUGCAAUAAUUAGUGGGUGCACGCAGAAUAGUCUGAGCAGUGCAGCAUACGAGUGGUUUCAUCGUAUGAAAGUCUCAAGCAUUCAACCAAACAAGAUUACAUACGAAAUGCUGAUCGAGGCUCUUGCUAAGGACGGUAAACCUAGGCUUGCAUACGAGUUGCAUUUGAGAGCUCAAAAUGAGGGCCUCGACCUGUCUGCGAAGGUUUACGAUGCAGUUGUACAAUCUUCUCAGGCCUAUGGAGCUACUAUUGAUAUAAAUUCUUUAGGACCUCGACCGACUGACAAAAAGAAAAGAGUGCAGAUCAGGAAAACUUUGACUGAAUUCUGUAAUUUUGCUGACGUUCCUAGGAGAAGCAAACCAUUCGACCAAAAAGAGAUUUAUCCUGCAGAAGUAGAAGGAAACAAAUAAUUUAUAUGAGUAUGAACUCUGUACCAUACUAUAAUCUUUUGUAUCUUUGUACAUUAGAUUUGGAGGCAAUUGCAAAUGCAGCUCGAGUUCUAGGUUGUUCAGUUGUUGAAACAAGAUAAUGUGUUUUCUCAUAUAUAAAACUAUAUAAACUUGAUUACUAGCUGAGUUGCUUGAGUAUAUAGUAGCAAAGAUUCUUUCCUCUA